GUCUGAGAAGGAAACUAUAAUCUUAAUUUGCGCGUGUGCACCGGUUUCCUGCCGGGGGUGAGGGGAGGGAUGAGGACGGCGUCGUUUCAUUUGUAGUUCGGACCUGUUUCUAAGUGCGGCAGGCGACGGAAACUCUCAUUUUCCCUUAAAAUAAAAUGGCCGCUCAAACUGCAAAGGUGGUGCUGUCGCUGGAUGCUGAAGCAGCUGGGUUACUCAAAAGAGGAGUGAAUUUCAAGAAAAGCUCAGAGGAUGGUACAUGUUACAUCAUUUACAAAAGCCCUAAAGGCUUUAGAGCAUGCAGGAAUCAAUGUAAACACCAAGGGGGGUUGUUCAUAAAGGACAUUGAGGACCUGAACGGCAGGACUGUCAAAUGCACUAAACACAACUGGAGACUGAAUGUGUCUACAAUGAAAUACAUGAACCCACCAGACAGCUUUUUACAGGACGAGCUUGAGGUGGAGAUGCUGGUUGACGGUGGCCUUCAGCUGGUUGAAUUGAAACCUGAGGACCCCUGGCUGGUGGACCCUCGGGAGCCUCUGGAGCUCAAGGAUGGAGAAGUGAAAGUUACGUACCUCACACACGCCUGCAUGGAGGUGCAGCUUGGGCAGCGGCGGUUCAUGUUUGAUCCCUGGUUAACGGGCCCUGCGUUUGCCAGAGGCUGGUGGCUUCUCCAUGAGCCUCCAGCAGAUGCCCUGGACAAACUGUGCAAAGCCGAUCUCAUCUACAUCAGCCAUAUGCACUCUGACCACCUUAGUUACCCCACACUGAAGGUCCUGUCAGAACGGAGGCCAGACGUUCCCAUUUACGUUGGUGAUACAUCCAGACCAGUCUUUUGGUAUUUAGCGCAAAGCCAGGUGAUGCUGACAAACAUCAACGUCGUUCCUUUUGGUGUUUGGCAAAAUAUUGAUGAACACUUGAGAUUCAUGAUCCUGAUGGAUGGUGUACAUCCUGAAAUGGACACCUGCAUCAUUGUUGAAUAUAAAGGUCACAAGAUCCUGAACACUGUGGACUGCACCAGACCAAAUGGAGGCAGGCUACCGGAGAAGGUCGACUUGAUGAUGAGUGACUUCGCUGGGGGGGCAUCUGGAUUCCCCAUGACCUUCUAUGGUGGGAAAUACACUGAUUCGUGGAAGGCGGAGUUUAUCAAGAAUGAGAGGAAAAAGCUGCUGAACUACAAAGCUUCGCUGGUGAAAUCCCUGCAGCCGAGGAUCUACUGCCCGUUCGCAGGGUAUUUUGUGGAGGCUCAUCCAUCUGACAGGUGCAUUAAGAACACAAACGUUAAAAACAGUGCAGAGGACCUUAAUGCCCUCAUCAACAGCCAGGCACCCGACAUCAGAACAUGGACACCCAAGCCAGGCGCGGUGCUAGAUCUAGGCCUCGCUCUGAGAGAGCCCCUGAACAGAGCAGCCAUCACAGAUCCCCCAACCGGUGUGAAAAUCUACAAGGACUGGUGGGAUUUUGACUUCUAUGUGGAAGAACUUAAUGGCGCCAUAAGCAGUGAGAUAUUUAAACAUCACAGCUGGAUCCAGUUUUAUUACACAUGGGCAGGCUUCCGACACUACAACCUUGUCGUGCGGAUGAUCGAAUCAGAUGACAACUUUGAGCCCCUUGCUACUGGCCAUGACUACAUGGUGGAUUUUUUAGAUCUCUCAUUCCCGACCACAAGACCUGACAGAGAACACUCCUACAUAGAGAUUAAAAACCGGAUAGGGGUGAUGAGAUAUACCGUGCUGCAUGGCUGUCUGUGGGAUGGUCUGUACAUCGGAUUCCAGAACCGCAUCAGUCGAGACCCAGAUGUCUACCACCACAAAUUCUGGAAUCACUUCCAGAUAAAUUUACCGCUUUCCAGACCUGACUGGGAUCGUUUCCUGCAGGAAGCUGACUCUCCAAGUGGAAAGAGCAACUGUGCGAUGUUCUGAAUCUGAAAUAUCAGUUAAUGACUGUUAGGGAAAUAAUUUGAAUUGCCUGUGUAUUUAUACCUUAAAUAAAACAGACACAAACA